UAUCUUUGUUGCUUAAAGCUUGUCCUCCUCUCUUAUCCCCUCUCUCUCUCUCUUCCAUUGUUGAAGCAAGAAGCACUUAGAAUGUGAGAGGAAUUACAGGCCACCAUCCCAAAAGAGAGAAGAAAAUAGAAUCAAGCAUUCCCCUCUUUUUUAUUUCAUUUUCUCCUUAUAUCACACACAUACACACACAAGCAUUAAAUUAAAUCAACCUCUACUCCUCCAUAUAUAUACACUCCUUUUUUUUUGAAAAAAAGAAAGGCUUUUAAUUUUAAGAAGUGGGGUUAUACUUAUAGUAUCACAAAAAAUCCCAUUUCUUAUUACUACUAUAUCUAAAUGUGAUCAUGGAAGGAGGUGAUGAUCAUCUCCACCACCACCACCACCACCACAACAACAACCGCCCUAAUUUCCCCUUCCAAUUACUAGAAAAGAAAGAAGAUGAAUCCAUCUCCGCCUCCGACUCCGCCCCACCCUCAAACCCUAAUCGCUCCGCCUCCGCCUCUCUCCAAAUGGUCACCGCCACGGAGGCAUCCAAAAAGCCGCCUCCGAAGCGCACAUCCACAAAAGACCGGCACACGAAGGUGGACGGGCGGGGGCGUCGCAUCCGCAUGCCGGCCCUGUGCGCGGCUAGGGUUUUCCAGCUGACGCGCGAGCUGGGACACAAAUCGGACGGAGAGACCAUCGAGUGGCUCCUCCAGCAGGCGGAGCCGGCCGUGAUCGCGGCCACGGGGACGGGCACCAUCCCUGCGAACUUCACCUCGCUCAACAUAUCCCUCCGCAGCUCCGGGUCGAGCAUGUCGGUGCCGUCGCAGCUGAGAUCCACCUACUUCAGCCCCAGCUACGCCAUGUCGCAGCGCCGGGGGCUCUUCCCCCUCUCCUCCGACGCCUCCCCCGGCGCCACGCUCCUCAAUUUUCAGGCGGCGGCGGCGAACCUAAACCCUAGCUUGAUGCAGGCGAAGCAGGAAGCGCGGGAAAAUUCGAUUGAUUUGACGGAGCUGGACGACGGCAUGGGGCGGAAGAGGAGGGCGGAGCAGGAGAUUCACCCGCAGCAGCACCAGAUGGGGAGCUACCUGCUGCAAUCGAGCACCGGAGCGAUGCCGGCCAGCCACGCCUCGAUUCCGGCCAAUUUCUGGAUGGUGGCGAAUUCGAAUAACAAUCAGGUCAUCGGAGGCGAUCCGAUUUGGACGUUUCCGAGCAUCAAUAAUAGCAACGCCGCCGCCGCUUUGUAUAGAGGGAGCGUCUCCAGCGGCUUGCAUUUCAUGAACUUUCCGGCGCCGGUGGCGCUGCUGCCGAGCCAGCAAUUAGGCGGCGGCGGUGGCGGAGGGAAUGGGAUGGGGGAGGGGCAAUUAGGUAUGCUGGCGGGGUUGAAUCAGUACCGGGGAGGAGGAGGAGGAGGUGGAGGAAUGUCGGAUUCGCAGGCGAGUGGGUCCCACGGGGGCGAUGAUCGGCACGAAGACACCAGCCACCACUCGUGAGGAGGGGUGUUUUGUGUAGUUUGGAUGUGUAAAACACACAAGUGAGGUUUGAUUAAUUUAUUACUCUCUUCAAAAAUUCAUCAACUCUUUUUUUUUUUUUUGGGUUUGUUUUUUUUUUCAAUUUUUUUCAAGUGGUGUGUGAUAAAUAUAGAUGAUUUUUAGGGUUUGGGGAAGGACAUGUUUUUAACAGUUGGGAUUAUUGAGCUGAUUUUGUGAAGUAGUCACAAUUUGAUUUUUGCUCCUUUUCUUUCCUUCCUGUCGACACAAUAUUUCAUCACUAUAUAUGGUUAAUUUGAUGAUCUUUAAAGAUCAUCAAAUUACAAUGAGAUAAAUGUAAUUGUAUGAUUUGAUUA